ACUGUCAUACGUUUGUGAUGCGACAAAUUUGUUUCCAAAAAGUGGUCAUCUGUGUCGACUUUUCGUGGAAUUUGGUUGAAAAUUCGAAAAAAUCUUGAAAAACUUUUGUACAAAGUGCAAAUUGAGUAGUGCAUCGGUGCUCCUACAAAAAUAGAUAUUGAAAAUUACUGUGCGACUACUCUUAGAUUAUAUAUCCAUCAAAAAAGUGGUCUUUGUUUUGAUCCAUCAGCAGAAGAAGGCUGCCCAAUAAUAAUAACAUCAGCAGGAACGGCGAUAAUCCGAAAGUUGUGACCGCGAGAAGGCGUAUCGCGAAAGGCAUACAGAAGCAGCAGCCAAACACGCAGAGGAUGAAAAAGAUGAUGUGUCAAAGUGAAAGAGUUGUUCGCAAGAUAGUGAAGCUUUCUUCUGUGAUGGAGCAAUAAAAACAAGAUUCUUUUCCGUAGUUCCGGAGCUGGUGGCUGGUUCCCGGAACUGCGUUUUGUUGCUCGCAGUGUGUUAUUUGCGAGUCUAACGGAAGUGUGGCAUGAUCCAGACAAAAGUGCGAUUAAAUGAAGAUUAAAUGAGAUCCUCUGUAAGCUAUAUGUUAUCGCAAGGACCAGGAGAUCCGAUAAUGGCGCAUCCCGACUACGAGCAGCAUCACUACCAUCACGGCUGUCUGCUGAUACUGGUGCGUGGAAUCGGUCCUCUGAAACCUCGCUCGCUGCAGCGGGUGUUCGAACGGAUCCAGCGGAUCAACAACGUUAAAAUACCGGAUUCAUCCGGCUUAACAAGAGAUAUUUGGGUGCGCUACAUACGUGAUCACCCGGUAGAAAACAACGAUUGGGGCGACUUUCAGACCCAUCGGAGAUUGCUCGGGCUAAUAACGGUAGGGAAGUUUGAUAACCAAAACGAGUUGAAUGAGUUGUGCAGAGUUCACGAAUCUCUCAAGGUCAAAUACACAAAUACACUUUUCGAUUCGCGAUGUUUGCUAUUUGGACCAAGCACCGAGGAGUUGCACAAGAUUGCCAACGGAUUGGAAGAAAAGAAGGAUCCCACAAUCGAGAACUGCUUUCAAACCCCGUCCAACUUCAAAAGUCGAGCUUUCUCCUAUCCGGAGAAUGACCCAUGCUCGAAUCUUGAGACCAAGAUUUCAGAAUUCAUUACCUCUCUCUAUUACAUUCUGGAGUUGAAACGUUUGGAGAAGACACGAGAAAAGAUUGACAAAGUGCCCCUACUGUUGGCGCCAUUCGAAAAGAAAGAUUUCGUAGGACUGGAUUUGGAGAGUCGAAACAACAAGAAGCGCUGCAUAGGCAGAAUGACAAAGCAUCUGGGGGAUUUGACGUUACAGACUGGCCUAGUGGUCGAAUCACUGAAUCUGUUUCACUCGGCAAGUGAAACCCUUCGUGCCAUAAGUGAUUCCCUUUGGCUAGGAGCCGCCUUCGAAGGACUCUGCGCUGCUUCUGCUAUCCUGCUAUACCCUAACUUUCGCUACAUGAUGUCGAUUCAACGGAACUCUAGUCUACAAGAAAACACUUCUUCUCCGCACAAAUUCAAUCUCGCCCGCAAUCAAUUACUGACGAAUAGCUACAACGGAGAUACCGCCAAUGGCGCUAACCUCAAGCAAAAGAAAUCUGACUUGGUUAUCAAUUUGAACUCGGAAACCUCCUCGAUUCCGGAUAAAACAUCCGCCUCCUCGAACUCGUCUGCUUCGUCAAUUAGUUCCACAUUUUCGUCGGGAUCGGGUGGCAGCACAGCGAGCGGUAGCUCCUCCUCAUUGACUGAUUCAGGAACGCUUGUUAACAAAUCAGCAGCAGCUCAAAAAUUUCCCCCCAACAUACUGCAACCCGACGAAAUCGCAGCUCGGUAUCGCGAAGCCAUUAUAAAUUACAGUAAAUACCGGAAUGCCGGAAUUAUUGAAACGGAGGCAGCCCUUAAAGCAGCUCGGAUUUGCAUCGAACAGGGCAAAAAUCUAGACGUGGCUAUGUUUCUACAAAACGUUCUGUACAUCAAUCUAAACAUGAACGAACAACAACGCGUUCGGAGGUUCGAAGUGCUCACAGACCUGUACCAAAAAAUUGGAUACAACCGUAAGGCUGCUUUCUGUCAGAGGUUAGCCGCAUGGCGUCAUGUUGCCGUUAGCAAUACAAACCCCGACUGGGGUCAGAGCUAUCGACUAAUGCUGGAGAGUUUCUCAGGCCACAAGCUGUCCCUCGAGCCACUUGAGGUCCUGGAGAAUAACACGGGCUGGCCGGUGCUACAGAUUGAUCUGCUCCAGCAGAUGGUCGGGACGGCGCGACGUCUCGGCCAGUCCGCUCUUGCUACGAGGCAUAUGACCUUUCUGCUGCAGACCAUGUGGAAACAUUUAAACCCUCACGAGCAGAGAGAGAUGGCGCUUCAGCUGCAGAAUUUGAGUUCCCAGUGCGAAGGAGCGCCGGUACCGUUGGUGCUGGAAAAUGGUACGGUAAUUCCUCCGGCAAACCUUACGGACCUGCCCUUGUGCAGUCAGAUGCUGGUGAAGGACUUGCCGUCGCAUUUAAGGCCACUAAAGAUUGCCGUGACAAAGGUGGACAGCGGACCGUUCCUUUUUACUCCGAUUCACUUUAGUUCGAUAGAUCGCCGUCAAGCGAAGGACGAUAGUAAGAUAUCGUUCAAUUGGAUCCAACACGACGUUUGCGAAGUGAACGUGAAGCUAACAAAUCCGCUCCCAUUUGAACUGCAAGUAACGGACAUCCGUUUGCUGACCGCGGGAGUGGUAUUCGAAGCGUUUCCUCAGACAGUGAUGCUUCAACCGAACGUACUAACCACGGUGGCCUUGCAUGGUACUCCGAUCGAAAAAGGAGAAUUGGACAUUCAAGGCUACAGCACCCACACGCUGGGUGUAAAAUCAAACUGUCGCUUGAAGUGCAUGCUUCAUCGAAAGUUACGCAACUUGCCUUCACACUAUCAAGUGAACGUAAUUCCUGCGCUUCCAAAGUUAGAGCUUAAGACAAGUCUCCCGCCAACAGCCACUUUCAGCGGAAUGCCCAAUGCGGAUUGUGUGACAACCUCUGCCAGCAUUACGUUAUAUAAUGGCGAACGAGGAGAAUGCAUCGUGACAUUAACAAACACGAGCAACAUUCUAAUAGAAUAUAUCGACGCUAAUUUCCAUUCCAAUAUGGAUGCAAAUCUUCAAAAUCGAAUCUUUCAGCUAGUGACAGAUGACAUCACUUCGAAGCUACCGAUCAAACCAAACGAGAGCAUCGACUUUGCGCUGGUCAUCUAUGGAGAAGCGGAUUUCCUAGGCGCUGUAACCGGCGGUCAACAAUUGUACUCACAUUCAUCCCACCAGGAUGGUAUGAAUAGCGCUGGACCUCAAAGUUUGACAGUGUCACACAGUGGUGGGGUCAUCGGUGGAACCAUCAGUGGCAGUGGAAAUCCUAGCAUUCCGAGUAGGAUCAGCUCACCAACAAAUACUCACCGAAGGAACGAACCGUUGAUGUCUAGCUUUAGGUCGUCCCACUCGGGACACUCGUCGCUGGCCACGCUGAGCGUGGGCAUUGCAACCGGUCAUAUGCCAAGGCAGAUGGAGGCACAGCUAAGGUUCAAAUAUUCAGGCGGAGAAGGCUUGCAGGAGGGGUUCUGUCGACAGUGUGCGAUCUCUUUCAACGUAGAAUUGCUACCGAGUGCGCAGAUUACCAACUGGGACGUUCUUUCUGCGGAAAUACCGUCACAGUUCUACUUAGUGCUGGAUGUGGUGAACCUAACGGCACAGGAAAUGUCUCUCAACUACACUUCGAACAAAACAAUACUCAUAGAGGCUAAGGAAAGCUGUCGAGUUCCAGUUCCCGUAGAUCGUUGCCCUCUGGAUCGGAUCCUGGCAGCCAUGGAGCAACAAUUGCAGUCACUCACUUCCGGUGAGGUACAUCCGAGUAUGGUCAGUGGUGUGGGCGUUACCAGUACAAGUGACACCGGAGAACUUACCGAGCGCAUCUGUUCGGAACACAUUGCUGAAAAUGUGAACCUCAAGUGGUCUCUGCCGGGCUUGGACUGCAACGGUUUGGCUUCUUUGCGGGGAAUAUCGCUGUCUCCAACGAUGCUCGAUUUGGUAACUGUACCACCGCUACAAUGGGAGGUGAAAAUCGACAACCAACAAGUGGCCCCCCAGUCGGAGGUAACCUGUGUCACCGGUCAAUUCAUAACGCUGAGUGUCAGCAUUUGCAACCUGUCGGCUUCGGUGCUGCACCAAGUACAACUUUCCGUACAGUUCUACCAGGAUUUCCAAAACGGGCACCACAACUAUCGUCUGGAGACACGUGUCACGAUGACGGGAGCUAAUCACAUCCUCAUUCCGGCGUUGAACAAAGACGAGAAAGCAUUCCACGAGUGCUCGGUGGUAUUCUUCACCCCGGGACGCUUCAAGGCCGACAUUCAAUGUCGUUCGUUGAGCUCGACCGGUGAAACGGGAUCAUCGUCGCACGUUUGGCGAUUCAUUCCACCGGUGGAGAUAACGGUGAUAGAUCAGUAACGGGAUUGCACGGUAAACCAACGUCACAACAAAUGAAAGCGCUUUAAAAGGAUUUAUAUAGCUAGCUUGCUAUAUAAGCAAACAUAAACCGUAGGUUCUAAACAAAAUUUACUUUCGGUAAUCAGUGGUUUAGUUAGGUUAAUUAAAACUCAAAUUAUUGCAAUCCUUUGGAGACAUUUGGUUCAGCAUCAGGGGAAGCAACAUUUUUUAUACUCCUAAGUAGAUUGUUAACUAUAAAAUAGAGUACUGAAAAUUUAUCGAACAGCAGAGCAAUAUGACGAUGAAAUUAAGCUGCUUCUGUCUGGGACAAAAGCUUUGUGAAAAUGUAACAGAUUGUAACUAAUGGAACAAAAGUAGACAACCUAUAAAGCUAUUCCUCCACUAAGUCUUAAAGAUUUUCCUUGUUGAAAAUUGUCACCUGUAAACUGAGUACAUGUAUUAAUCAAAUCUACGUAAAGCAAAGCGAUUACUAUCAUUUUCUGCUCUUUCCUACAAAUAUUUCAUUUUCACGCCAAAUGUAUCUUUAUGGGACGCAUUAUAAUGGAUAAUAUUGUGUAAACGAUUAAGGCGACAGCAAGAACAAACACGAAAUGCCAACAUACAGUAUAAAACAUGUAAUAGGACGCUUGCAAAAGCACUUAGAUUUUUUUUUGUUAUAGUGGAAGAAUGGAUGUUAUUUAUUAUUGAAUAAACGAGUUGCGCAAGCAAAGCUAUAUAAA